AUGGCAGCGCAAUCUGCAGAAGCUGCCACUGUGACUGCCUCUGCCACUGCACAGCAUACUGGUGCUUCCGGACGCAUCUAUCGUUUCGAAAAGCUCCUCCAGGAGCGAGAGCAUCUGGGUAGGGUCUGGGUGGCCGAAGCCGAAGGUAAACGAUACAUCUUGAAAGACCUUCCCGAAGCCUACUUCAACGGAUUCUCCGAACAUGUCCUGCCGCGCUUGAAGACGAGGCAACACCCCAACGUUCGUCUGCCUUGCGACACCAUCUCCAACCAGCGCACUGUCGUCUACGAUCAUCUGACCCACGACUUCUUGACCCUGGCGCAACAGGAUCUCACGCCUCAAGCUCGGAAGCAGGUGUUGAAGGCGGUGCUCCAAGGACUUGUCGAGCUCCACGAUAAGGACAUUGUCCACCUUGAUCUCAAGCCAGACAAUGUUAUGGUCGAUUGUUCCGAACACGCUGGCAUCCUGACCAUCGGCAAAGUCCAACUUACCGACUUCGAGAACGCCCUGCCGCUCGAACCGGGCUCGAAGAAGUUCUACUACGGGGCCCUCACCGGCAACGAGAACUGGCGAAGCCCGGAAGGACAUCUUGCGGCGAAGAUCGGCAAACCAACCGACAUCUUCGCAUUUGGCAUCAUGUGCAUAUACGCGAUGCUCGGGAAGAUUGUUUUCGCCAAAGACAGCGAUUACGAGUACCAAGAAUCCCAAGGCAACCCUGGCCCGCUCAUUCUCAUGCAGCGGCAGUUGUCUUACUUUGGGGACGACGAGGGUUUCAAGGCGUUGGCAAAGCUCGUGAAGCGCGAUGGAUUGCUUCACAAACUGCUGACCGCGUCGUGGGAACAGCGGGAUUCGCCGAAGAUCCCGUACAAGCACUUCUCUACGUGGCCGGAGGUUGAAGACGACGUCGUAUUCAAAGACAUCGUUCUGAAGAUGACAAACUUGGAUCAACGCAAGCGUCCAACGGCGCGAGAAGUGUUGCAGCAUGCUUGGUUCUCAGAUGUGCAGGAGAUGGGGGAUGGCAAGGUCGUCGUGGGAACUGCAAGCAGUGUCGAAGCUCAAGUAGAGUAG